UUUAUUUUUAAGCCACGGUAACACUGUCCGUCUGCUUUGUUUUGGAAAAUAACUUUAAGGAAAUGGAAAAGCUGGAGGCCCUGAAAAUCUCCUCGAUGCGCCCCAGGAGCAACAUCCUGGACCGGCCGCUUUCAAAGGGCAAAACUGAGGUGUCCCAGAGCAUUGUUGCGCUGCUCUUCAGCGAGAUUGUUCAGUACUCCCAGAGCAGAGUGUUUACUGUGCCCGAACUGCAAACAAGGCUGCAUGACUUGGGCCAGGACGUGGGCACCCGGAUAAUCGACCUGUAUUUUGUGCGGGAGCGCAGUGCGAAGCGGGAGACCAAGUUAACACAAAUGCUGCUGUUUGUUAAGACCACCGUGUGGAAGAAUCUGUUUGGCAAGGAGGCGGAAAAGCUGGAGCACGCCAACGAUGAUGAGCGGACCUACUACAUCAUAGAGAAGGAGCCGCUGGUCAAUACCUUCAUAAGUGUGCCCAAGGAUAAGGGUUCGCUAAACUGUGCCAAUUUCACGGCUGGCAUUGUAGAGGCAGUGCUCACCCAUUGCGGCUUCCCCUGCAAGGUCACCGCUCACUGGCACAAAGGCACCACGUACAUGGUCAAGUUCGAGGACUUUGUGAUUGCCCGCGACAAGCAGAUGGAGGAGAAAUAAAUUACACUUAGUUAAUCGUA